AACCCGAGGGAGGCGUGGGAUUCAGCGAGCUGACGUGCUGAAUUUCGGCGAUUGGAUUCGUUUCCAAGCGGCGGAUGUUGCCAGUCGUCCUGCCGUGACACGCCUGGAUAAGACACGUGUGGUAGGGCAGUUGAGACCGGCAGAAAAACAUCACCUCUUGACACUAGACAGCUCCGGCCAAAAUUAGGCCAGCAGCUGAUCCGGUGCCCGUGCUCUGCUGCCGCUCUCCGGUCCGAGGACGAGUACGGAGAUGAUCCCGACGCGGCUGCUCUGCUGCUGCUACUUGCUGUCGCUCAUCGCCGUCGCCCCGCGCGCGAUCGACUCCAAGCUGGUGACCAGCCUCCCCGGCUUCGACGGCCGCCUCCCCUUCCGCCUCCACACCGGGUACGUGGAGGUGGACCAGGGCACGGAGCUCUUCUACUACUUCGUCCAGUCGGAGGCCCGCGGCGAGGGGGACCCUUUCCUCCUCUGGCUCACCGGCGGCGACCGCUGCUCCUCCUUCAGCGGCCUCGCCUACGAGAUCGGUCCCAUCAGGUUCGUCCUGGAGCCCUACAAUGGCAGCUUACCACGCCUGCACAUCAACCCAAACUCAUGGACAAAGGUGGCACACAUCCUGUUUGUCGAUUCACCGGUCGGUGCUGGAUUUUCAUUUUCCAAGCAACCCGAAGGGUACGAGGUCGGGGACGUGUCCUCCUCGUUGCAGCUCCAUGACUUCCUCAUCAAGUGGUUCAGCGACCACCCCGAAUACCUGAAAAAUCCUUUCUAUCUCGGUGGAGAUUCCUAUGCCGGAAAACUUGUGCCAUAUAUCGCGCAUAUCAUUUCACAAGGUAUUGAAGCAGGAAAUAGUCCCCGCAUUAAUCUUAAGGGAUAUCUAGUAGGUAACCCAUCGACCGGUGAAAGCAUUGAUCUAAGCUCUAAAGUGCCAUUUGCUCACGGAGUUGGCAUAAUAUCAGAUCAGUUAUAUGAGACCAUAUUGGGGCAUUGCCAAGGACAGGACUACAUGUUUCCGGCAAAUGAUUUGUGCGCCCAAGCUCUGGAUGAUCUCAAUCAUCUUUUGUCCGAAGUUCAGCAGGCCCAAAUUUUGUUGGACACCUGCAUUUUUGCGUCCGCUCCAUCCCGACCAGAAGCUGAUAGCGGGACUGAGUACUCUGGUGGUGCUGGUAGGAGGAUCCUAGUUGGAAAUCCGCCACCUCGCCCUCCAUUUGAAUGUGUCACUUAUAGGUACUACCUAUCGUAUUUCUGGGCAAACGCGGAGGCGACCCGAAAUGCUCUUGGGAUCAAGAAGGGGAGCGUGGAUGAGUGGGUGAGGUGCCACAACGCCGAUCUUCCCUACACAAUCGACCUCAGGAGCAGCAUUGAGUACCACCGCAAUGUCACGGCCAAUGGCGGCUACCGUGCGCUUGUAUACAGCGGCGACCAUGACGCAUUGGUGCCGCACCUGGGGACACAGGCGUGGAUCAGGUCACUUGGCUUCCCCGUCGCCCACCAUUGGAGGGCAUGGCAUCUCCAUGGCCAGUCUGCUGGCUUCACCUUAACCUACUCCAACAACAUGACAUUCGCAACCAUCAAGGGUGGCGGGCACACCGCGCCAGAGUACGAGCCCGAGAGGUGCUUCGCCAUGUUCAGCCGAUGGAUACUCGAAAAACCACUCUAGUAGACGUAACAGCAACGACCAGCUGCCUCACACCGAGGGGCAUCGCCGAUGCCGAUCUGGAUUGAGGCGCCAGAUCCGUCAGCUUGGCAUGCGGCGGAGAAGGCUGGAUCUGGCCUUGGGGCCGGGAAGUAGGGCGGCCGACCCCUAUCGGGGGCUCGCAUCGCCAUCCAUUCGCGAGAGCUAUCUCACACACUCGUGCACAAUUCCCAUAUAUAGUCUUAGCUUUAAAUGUGGUGUAACCUUGACUUGGCAAUGGGCCUGUUUGGGACUACACUACAUAAAAUUCAGUUUCGUUUCGUCAAA